GAGAGAGUAAUUUAAUGGUAGUAAAGGCAAAAUAAGAAGGUGGCAGAUGCAAAUUUAAGUUGGUCAUUAAGGGUGAGUGGAGAUUGGUAGGUUUGAGUUUUUAUAGUCCCUGAUAAAGUGUGCUGACCUAUCCCCUCAAGAAAGUUCAGACAGGAGCCGACUGUUGCCGGAUCUGCUCUGAAUUUCUGAACAUCUCCGGCCAAUUCGCCGGGAGAGAAGAGAAAAGAAAAAUAAAAAACCUCCUUUCCCGAUGUUGCAGUGUCUGCAAUAAAUAGUGGUUUUUAUUGUACCAUCCUUUUCAACUCGAUUGCGUUUUGUUCUUUUUUUUCUUCUUCUUCUUCACUCCUGCCCCCAUUGCUCACGUCCAUGACUUCAUGAGUGGAAGAAGAGGAGAAGAAAUUUCGCACCAAGAGAGAUGAAGAUGGAGAAAAGGAGGAGGGAGGGUGACGUUGGUGGCGAGUUUUUGGGAAGCUGUAUCGAUUGGUCUUUGUUGACGUUCAUCAUUCUUGUUCUCCUUCUUGAGAGCACAACUACUACAAGUUUGGAGUUCAACUUCACAAGGUAUAACACGCGCGUCAGUAGCCUGAAAUUGGCAAGAAUACAGGAACAUCUGAAGAAGAUCAACAAGCCUUCUUCGAGAACAAUAGAGAGCAUAGAUGGGGACAUCAUUGACUGUGUCCAUAUGCACAAGCAACCAGCCUUGGAUCAUCCACUGCUGAAGAACCACAAGAUUCAGGUGCCUCCAGUGAGACCAAGAUUAGACCCGAGGCACAGAAACUACACUAGCAACAUACUAUCAAGGAGAGCAUGGCAGACAUGGCAUAAAACUGGGCACUGCCCAAGAGGAACAGUUCCAAUAAGAAGAACAUCUGCAGAUGAUAUACUCAGAGCUAAAUCCAUAUUCCAUUAUGGAAAGAAGACUGUUCUUCGCCCCACAGAUCGACCAGCCAGAUUCACUGAAGCUCCUGAUGUUGUUAGCGGCAAUGGACAUGAGCACGCUAUUGCAUAUACAGGAACAGGGGAGUAUUAUGGGGCAAAGGCCACCAUCAAUGUCUGGGAUCCUUCCAUACAAGUGACCAACGAGUUCAGUCUGUCGCAGAUGUGGGUUCUUUCUGGAUCCUUUGAUUCUGAUCUCAACAGCAUUGAGGCUGGAUGGCAGGUUAGCCCUGAACUUUACGGUGACAGCAGGCCCCGGCUCUUCACAUAUUGGACGAGUGAUGCAUAUCAAGCAACAGGAUGCUACAACCUGCUGUGCUCUGGGUUUGUCCAAACCAACAGUAAAAUAGCUAUUGGAGCGGCCAUCUCCCCCAUUUCUUCCUAUUCUGGCGAUCAAUACGACAUCACCAUUCUCGUCUGGAAGGAUCCGAAGCUGGGGAAUUGGUGGCUGGGCUUCGGGGACAACACUUUGGUGGGGUACUGGCCGGCGGAGCUGUUCACCCACCUGGCGGACCACGCGGACAUGGUGGAGUGGGGAGGGGAGAUCGUGAACACCAAGUCGAGCGGCAAGCACACGGCCACGCAGAUGGGCAGCGGCCACUUCGCCGAGGACGGCUUCCGGCAGGCCAGCUACUUCCGGAACAUAGAGGUUGUGGAUGCCGACAACAGCCUCAGCCCCGUCCAGUCUCUCUCCACUCUCGCCGAGGACACCAACUGCUACAACAUCCAGAGCUCCUACAAUACCGACUGGGGCAAUUUCUUUUACUUUGGUGGACCUGGCAACAAUGCACAAUGUCCUUAACUAAUUGAUCACUUUCUCAUUUACUUCAUAAUUCCAAUUCUUUCUUUCGUUAA